AUGGUGGUCAUUAUAAUCCUCCUCUAUAUCGUCGCUACCAUCAACUUCGUCUUCAAUUGGUUAUACAUUCGUUCUAUAUUCGUCGACCAUGGACAGAAUUUUCGAACCCGAUAUCUAUCUCAGUGCGGUCCUAGCUUCGAAUCAACAGUGGAGAUGGGUGUUACAGGUGCCAUCUGUACCAUCCUUGCGGACUCUACUAUAAUUUGGCGCUGUUGGGUAGUCUGGGGACGCCGGUGGCUGACUGUUUUGCUCCCCGUUCUUCUUCUCAUUUCUGGAACUGUGUUUAAAAUCAUCUCGACAUACGAAAUAUCCACCAUCACAGCUGCUUACCCUCUCGGUUUCGCGCUUUAUUCAGCCUUCAUCCUUGCUACAACUUUGUGGUGCACGGUACUCAUUAUCUACCGUAUUGUCACAGUUGCACGAGGAAGUGACACAGGAAGCGGAUUCCGAACUUAUAGCCAUGUUAUCGAGAUCAUGGUCGAAUCAUCAGCUCUUUACUCUCUAACAUUGAUCUUAUACGUCAUUUUCUAUGCUCGCGAAGACGUCACAAUUGCAUUACUUCGACUCCCUAGUGGGGAUGGCAAGGGCACGCUCAUGUGGAAUUGCCCCGCACUCCUUGUUGGACGUGUCGCAGCAGGCCACGCUCGCCCAGACGACUCAUGGCAAGGCAGCAUGAUAUCGGGCUCACUUCACUUCAGGACGCGUUCUGGAGGUCAGAACUCUCAGCAAAACUCUUUCACGAUAAGUGACGACCUCGAAGGGCACGAGAGAGAGGAUGAACACACCCAUCAUAUGUUGAAAGGAUCUCGGGAAGACACUGUAAACAAGAUCGUCGUAUGCCGGGAUGGCCCCGAGGUGCGGCUGGAGAGACUAGGAGACAGUCAAUUUAUUAGCGGGACUGUCGUUUAUGAGGAUGACAUUGAGAACGUUUGA